CCGCCGGGCGCUGAGCGGGCGGCAGCGCUGCCAUGAGCGGAGCUCUGCCGUCCCGCAGUGAGCGCUCCGCGCCCAGUGUCUCUUGUCCCCUGCAGCACGCUGCCCGCCGGUACCUCCCUCCUUUCUGAAGCGUAACUGGGGAGGGGGUGGAAGGCAGAGGAAGUUUGGCGUUCAGGUUUUUUCUGUAGGCUUUGGAGAGGGAUCCCCGGUGGCUGGCAGCGCGGAGGGCGGCAGGGCAGGGUGCGCUGGCGGAGGGGAAGGGGCACAGCUGGGAGCGGCUGUGCGGAGCCCUGCCCGCCGCCCUGUACCUGGGGUGCUGGAUGCGAGCUCCGCCGAGCGCAGCGGCAGCGGCGCGGCAGAUGCAGAUGCGUGCGUGUGUGUGUGCUUAACCCUUUCUUGGCUCCUCGGAUUUGUACCAUGCUGAAGAUCCUCACCAAAAAGCUCAGGAACCAGACUUUGAACGAAAUUCAACCUUUCCAGCUAAAGAUCUCCUAUCCCCCAAGUGAUGAGGACAGCGAUGACUCUGAGGGAGAGAACCAGGAACUUGCUCAGAUCGACAGAGAGAGAAGACGGAAUUGUGCCCUGACUCCUCUGGCUACCAACCAGCUGCAGAACCAGGAGAACCAAUGCUGCAAGGUUCGGGCCCUCUUCCAUGCCGGCCUUGACCGGCACAGCUCGGAAGAGGAGCUGGAGCGCAUCAACCGGGAGUUUGCCGCGGAGAAGCGCAAGUGGUCGCAGGUCAGCCGGCUCGCGCGCUGCAGCGACGGCAGCACCACCUCCUCCAGCGACGACGAGGUGAAGACCUUGUGCGCCGUGUCCGUGGCAGAGCAGGGCGAUGGCCUGCACGCCAGCCCCAGCCCCGUGCUCUUCAGUGCCUCCCCUCCCAAGAGACUGCAGCCCCUGGUGCGCGGCCCGGCCUCCGCGCCCUUCAUCCUCACCAGCGUCGGGGCGGGCCUCGAGCAGGUCAUGCCUUGCAAGAGACAUCGGCAAGGAUGUGGGGAUAAGGUCAGCAGGCCCAGCCUUGACCUGGAGAAAAUGCAGCAGAAGAUGCUGCUCAAGAAGAAUUGUGGAGCGAAGACUAGAGUAAUUAAAAUUCAUAGCAUCAGCGGAGGCCGCCCGCCACCUCACUUUAUGUAUGACCCCUCCACUUUUGCCUUCCGUUCCCUCAGCACCUUGAAGCCGCUGAGCCCAAUAGCUCCGGUGGAAGAACCGUCAUGUGCCUACUGAAGGAGUUUCUCCAAAAAACCUCAGGAACUGUCCACCAGUGUCCUGCCUGGCAGGGAGAGGAGGAGGUGGUGAUACCCAAGGGGAGGGGUGGGAGAAGAAGGGGCAAUGACACAUCUUUGCAAUGCAGCUGCUCUGGCAGGAGGAAGCCAAUGGCUUGGCAGCAGUGCCUGUUCUCGUACCACUGAUGGACCCGAGCAGUGGCAAAGGGAGUGAGUUUUGUCUUUCAGGGCAGAGCAAACCAGUCAGGUCCACAAGCCGCAAGAACUGCCACCAAGGCAGUGUCAAACAUGAGCAUGGUGGUAACUGAAGGUGUCCAGGAGGUGUUCAGGGGGGAGUAUCACCUGCAUGGCAGCAGGGAUGAAUGAUCAAGCUGUGAAACCAAAUCCAGUCAGUUUCCCAAGGAUACCUGGGUCUUCAGUGCUUUGCUAUAGACCUAACGCUUCUCCUACUUAGAAGUGAGCUCAGGAUUGGAGAAAGAGCCUAUACAGAGCUGCUUGCAAAACAAGAAGAUCCCUUUCUGAGAGUGUUGUAAUUGCAUUUGCAUCAAGCUCUCAAGUGGAAAACCCUAGGACAGGGAGGUGUGUGGAGGAGUAACUGGCAUAUUUAGCUGUGCAUUCCAGAUGAUCUGCUGGCAGUUCAGUGAUACUGUCCAAAAAGAGAUUGAAAUGGGAGAGUGAGACAUCCAUAUGUAGAUCUGGGGUUAGAAUAAAAUGCUAGAAUUGGAAGGUCUGUGUUGAGCUGUGCAGGAAAAUGCGGCACCCACCUUCAGUCCUCUCAGCAUCAUCAAAGAGAAGAACUUGGGGGUGUCUGUGUGCUCAUGAAUUUCCUCUCUGCUGAGGCAGUGUGUGUUCUGGGGUACGUAACACUUCUCCAUAGUGUUGUCCCACUGCAUCAUGGUGGAGGUAACUGGUACCACCAAACUCAAACCAAUUUAAUGUCUCCAGCAAGCUUUCCACUCCCCUUGUUUAGGCUAGCUGCUAAGUUCAGGUAUACUCUUCUGGUAUGAGUGGAACAAUAUUCCCAGAUGAAGCAAGGAGUGGGAGCAGUUGAUUUCGUGGCUGUUGGUGGAAGAAACAGGAGGGCAGUUUGAGUGAAGGUGGGGGAUAUGCCUCCAUAGACAGUUCUGAGGUUGUUGGGACCAUGUUAGGCCUUGCUAUCACAGUGUUUGGGAUCUGUUCUCAAGGCAUUGUGUAUGUUUUGUGCCACAAGGCAGGAGUUAAUAGAACAAGGCCUUUCCUCUUUGCUGUACCUGGUGGAGAGAGUAACCUCUUUGUGUGGGCAUUCCCCACCAUGAGCCUGCAUCUGAGUACUAGGGGAAGCAAGUAGUUUACUGUUUGUCUAGAUCAAGAGGAGCAACUAUGAGUAAUACAAAAUAAUCUUUGGUUUUUAAAAUCUGCCUCAGUGUAGAGUCUUUGAUUGAGUCUUUGCUCUUGGUUGAGACCAAUGGUCAGUCCAGCUGCCAGUAGGAGGCUACCCAGUGAACUGGUCUGGGUCCUUCACUGAGACCCCUGGAGAGAAAUUUCAAAGGCUAUAGGCCUGGGGACCUGAAUCCCCCACCCCAUCCUAUUCUCCCUAACUCCUGUCAUUCAGGCAGGCAGAGCAGCUGGGCAAGGUGGUGAGGGGAUAUCUGUCCUGAUGCUGUCCCAGCUCUGCCUGUUCUUUGGCUCCAGAUGUUACAGCUGGGCCACCCCCUGCACCAGCACCACCUCCAAGAGGUCACUUGUGUUUACUGGUGAGGGACUUUGGGCUGACCAUCACGGUUCCCUGCAAGUCCCAAUUUCCAAGAGAGCCCAAUUCCUCUGCUGAUUCCUCCUACCCCAGUAGAAAUUCUGCUUAUCACACCUCAGCUUUUUAACUGCUGCCAGAUCAAGCUGACCAGUGCAGGACAGGAAGCAUUUCUCCUUUGGACCAAAAUCCCUGUGCUCAGGAGAUGGGACAGCCACGACCCAUCUAAGAGGCACAUUCCUUGUGCAAAUGGCUGGGGUGGCAGCCCCUGCAUGGUCCUCCAGCCUCAGGCUUUGCUCAGCAAGAGCUGCCAAGGUGCUGGGGCCCAGGGGUGUGUUCCUGCCAGCCAGCAGGUGGGGCAGGCUCCCUUGCCCCGGGCGGGAGCAGGGAACAGGGGUGUCCUGCCGAUAUUGUUGCCUUUAAUACUUUUGUAACUUUUCUCUGUCUGUUCUUUUUUCAAUCAGAAGGAAAAAUAAAAAAAAAAAUUAAAAACCCCACAAUG